UCUAAACUCCUCUGUCGGUAAUUGGUUAAUUAAUAUCUGAAGAUUUGGUGAAGGCAUCAUCAUCAUCAUCAGCAGGAUGGGAGGAGGAGGGCAGAAGGAGGAGGCAGGAGAGCCAGGCAGCGGGAAGGCUGCAGGUGUUUACACCUGGGAGGAGGUGCAGAAGCACCGCAGCAGGAGAGACCAGUGGCUGGUGGUUAACAGGAAGGUUUAUAACAUCAGCCAGUGGGCCAGAAGGCAUCCAGGAGGCUCUCAUGUCAUCAGUCACUAUGCAGGAGAGGAUGCUACGGAAGCUUUCACAGCUUUCCAUCCGGAUCAAACGUUUGUUCAGAAGUUUCUAAAGCCUCUGCAGAUUGGAGAGUUGGCAGAAACAGAGCCGAGCCAGGAUGGAAACAAAGAUGCCGCCAUCAUACAGGAUUUUAAAACGCUACGCAGUGAGUUGGAGAAGGAGGGUCUCUUUAGAGCAAAGCCGUUAUUCUACUGCCUCCAUCUGGGUCACAUCCUGCUGCUGGAGGCCCUGGCCUGGAUCAUGGUCUCCUACUGGGGGACGAGCUGGACUCUCACCUUACUCUGCGCCGCCAUGUUGGCAACUUCUCAAGCGCAGGCUGGAUGGCUGCAGCAUGACUUUGGGCACCUUUCUGUCUUCAACAAGUCCAAAUGGAAUCACCUGGUCCAUAAGUUUGUUAUUGGACAUUUAAAGGGAGCUGCAGCCAGCUGGUGGAAUCACCUGCAUUUUAAUCACCACGCCAAACCUAAUGUCCUGAGCAAGGAUCCUGAUGUCAACAUGUCAGGCAUCUUUGUUCUGGGAUCCGUUCAACCUGUGGAGUACGGCAUCAAGAAGAUCAAACACCUGCCCUACAAUCACCAGCACCAGUACUUCUUUCUAUUGGGGCCGCCGCUGCUCAUCCCAAUCAUCUUCAACCUGCAAGUAUUGCAUGUCAUGAUUUCUCGCCGGAACUGGGUGGAUCUGAUCUGGUAUUUGUCCUUCUACGCCCGAUUCUUCUCCUGUUACCUUCCGCUUUAUGGCUUCUUUGGCUCGGUGGCUCUCAUCAUGUUUGUUAGAUUCCUGGAGAGUCACUGGUUUGUUUGGGUGACUCAGAUGAAUCAUCUCCCCAUGAAUAUAGAUCAUGAAAAGCGGCGAGACUGGCUGACGAUGCAGUUACAGGCCACAUGUAACAUCGAUCAGUCCUUCUUCAACGACUGGUUCAGCGGACACCUCAACUUUCAAAUCGAGCACCAUCUGUUUCCCAGAAUGCCGCGCCACAACUACCAGCAGGUCGGCCCGCAGGUCCGCCAGCUGUGUGAAAAACACGGGAUUCCUUAUGAGACCAAAACCCUUUGGCAAGGCAUGGCCGAUGUGGUCAGGUCGCUGAAAACGUCAGGGGAACUAUGGCUCGAUGCUUAUCUUCAUAAAUGAUGAGCUGGAAAUGUUGCUUCUGUCAUCUAGAGUGAAAAUCUAAUUGAUGAUCCUGGAAGGAUGUUUUUCAGACUUUAUGAUCAAAUAAAACCUUAAUCUUUAGUGAGCACUGGAUCUUUGAACUCCUUUACAUCACUACCAAUGUUUUAGGUAAAACUCUGAUUUUUGACUGACUCAUUAAAGAU